CUGUGGCGAAGUCGUGAUCCCAGAAAUAGGUCAUGUAUAGCUCAUUUAAAACAUGAAUACGACAUAAAUAACGUGGACUAUUGGAUGUAUGUCUACACGAUCAUAACGCGGAAUUAAAGGACCUGGAAAUAAAACAGUGAGGAAGCAUGCAGGCGUCAGUGAGAAGGCUGGCUCUGGUUCCCCUGGGUGCCGCCCGGUCCGGCCUGAUAAGAGGAGCUCUCCUGAGCCCCGCGGCCCGCCUCCUCCCCCCCAGCACCCGCACCCUGCUCAGUGAGACAGGAGAGUGGGAGAAGGACUACAAAACAGAGACCCGACGCAAGGUGGAAGAAUGGUGGCACCCACGAAUUAUGGCACAGUGGAGGAAGGAUGAACUGAAGGAGAGUUCAGAGAAGAAGAAGUUUUAUGUCCUCUCCAUGUUUCCGUACCCUUCGGGGCGACUGCACAUGGGCCACGUGCGAGUGUAUACCAUCAGCGACACCAUCGGACACUUCCAGAGAAUGAGAGGCCAUCAGGUGUUGAAUCCGAUGGGUUGGGAUGCUUUUGGACUUCCGGCCGAAAAUGCAGCCAUUGAGCGAGGUCUCGACCCAGAGGAGUGGACUAAGAGUAAUAUCCAGUCCAUGCGGGAGCAGCUGGACAGCCUCGGGCUUUGCUUCAACUGGGACCGGGAAGUCACCACUUGCCUUCCAGACUACUACAGGUGGACACAGUAUCUGUUUGUCAAGCUCUUUGAAGCAGGACUGGCAUAUCAGAAAGAGGCGGUGGUGAACUGGGACCCUGUGGAUCAGACGGUGCUGGCUGAUGAGCAGGUGGAUGAAAAUGGUCGCUCCUGGAGAUCUGGCGCCCUGGUGGAGCAGAAGCUGCUCACACAAUGGUUCAUCAAGACUACAAACUAUGCCAAGCCGCUGCUGGACGCCCUGGCCGACCUGCCGGAGUGGUACGGUGUCAAAGCCAUGCAGGCGAACUGGAUUGGAGAGUGCACCGGCUGCUACUUCGAUUUCAAACUCAAGGUGAACGGGGAGGACACGGGGGAGACCCUAUCUGCCUACAGCUCCUCUCCAGAGUCUGUGUUCGGAGCAGCCUACCUUUCCGUCCUGCCCUCCCACAGACUGCUGCACGGUAGCAGCGCAGUCCGCUCGGCCCUUGAGAAAUCCUUCCAGCCAGGCAGAGACUCCCUUACAGAAGUCACCGCUCACAACCUGUUCACCGGCCACGAGGUUCCCCUGGUCAUCUCACACAAAGAGGUGUUUGAUGCCUAUCUGGAUACCGUGAUCGGUAUCCCAGACUGCAGUGAGGAGGAUCUUUCUGUGGCCAGAGCUCUGAACCUGAGCUGGACGACAGUGCUGAAAAGUGACGAAGAGGGGAACCAAACUCUGAUCAACUCUGAUGAGUUCUCAGGACUCUCUAGAGAGCAAGCAUUUGACUCCAUUACCCAGAAGGCCAGAGAGCAGAAGACGGGCGGACACCUCACCAGCUCCAAGCUACGGGACUGGUUGAUAUCAAGGCAGCGAUACUGGGGCACACCCAUCCCCGUGGUGCAUUGUGGAUCUUGUGGUCCAGUUGCUGUUCCUGAGGAGGAGUUACCUGUUACGUUACCAAAGCUGCCGUCUCUCAAAGGAAAGGGCGCUUCACCGCUGGAGGAAGCUCACGACUGGGUCAACUGCAAGUGUCCCAGAUGUAAAGGCCCAGCCAGGAGGGAGACUGACACCAUGGACACGUUUGUUGACUCGGCUUGGUAUUACUUCAGAUACACAGACCCUCAUAACACAGACAGGUACCGGCGGCUCUCCGCCUCUUUGAAAGUCUGGCCCUUGAUCAGACCCUGGACCAGCAGUUUCCGAAAAGGCUCCCUAAAGGAAAUGGAAACGGAAGUGACAGAGGAAGCGAGCGUAGUACAAGUGCAUGACAGCAUGCUCCUUCCCUCCGAUGUAAACGUCCACAGGAAGCCAGUGAUCCGCGAGCUGCCGCUCAAAAGGCCUGGAGAGGAAGAGCAAGGUAUCGCUGCCAUCCCAGCAGGUGACAUCCAUAGCUCCAUAAUCUCUAUUGGCAGGGAAUACAAGUUCCAGAAAGCCCACAUUAUAGCACUGCUGAAACCUGGGAAAGAUCCAUCCGCUCCCAAGAACUUCAGACCAAUCUCACUUUUGAGCCACACCUACAAACCGGACGCACUCCCCGGGGUUCUGCGCUGGCAGUCUCGGCUCUGGCAGCUGGUGACCAAACUGAGGGGGGCUCGACAACUCGCAGAUCCCCCCAGUCCCUCCCUGCUGAAGAAGAAAGAGCUGGCAGAGACAAAGAAGAUCUGGUCGAACAAGAAUUACGCUAUUGAAGAGGUGACAUCUCACUUCACAGAGGAGUUCCUCUUCAACGCUGCCAUCUCUCGGCUAAUGGGACUUACCAAUACACUGAGUAGUGCGACAGUCAGGGUGGUGCAGCACAGCGUGGAGUUUGAGGAAGCUCUGGCGGCGCUGGUUAUGAUGACAGCACCCAUGGCUCCUCACCUGGCUUCUGAACUUUGGGCAGGUCUUUGUCAAGUGGAGAACCCCCUCAGCCCCAUCCUGCAGCGUGGAGGAGACGUCCUGCAACAGGUCUGGCCAACUGUAGACCCCGAGUACCUGGAGGUCCCUGACUUUGUGGAGCUGUCUGUACUGAUUAACAACAAGGCCUGUGGGACAGUGACCGUGCCUCUGCAGGUGUCCAAAGAUUCGAAGCGAGUGCAGCAGCUUAUCUUGGAGAGCCCGUUGGUGCAGAAGCAUCUUGGCGGGCGCAGCAUCAAGAGAGCCAUCCUCUCCCCCAGGACCGCCCUCGUCAACCUCCUCAUUGACGAGUGAUGUUCUGAUGUUCACUGCCACAAAAGGCGCAAACGAGGUGGACCUUUUUAAAAAUUAAGACAAAAGUGAAAGUCAGUUUAAAUUACUUUGAUGUAAAUAUGUCUAAAGAUUUUUGUAUUUAUUCUUUCCAGUUUUUAUUAAAGAAAUACAAAAAGCA